AUGGCGACUAUCAACACCGAAGCACUUCAGGCAGACUUUGAUGCAUUUGAAAUUUCUGAGGAGCUUGGAUUUAUCCUCAAGGAGCCACUGACGAACCUUCCAGACUAUUACCGGGUGUGGCUGGACCUGGCAAAUAAUCUCACACCUCUGAUAGAGUCACGUAAACUACGGGACCUGGUUCACGAGAUGCCGGUGUUGAGUCCCCAUCUCUUGAGCAGCCACAGGGAGCUCAGGCUGGCUCGGCUUGUGCUGGGGUUCAUCACCAUGGGGUACGUGUGGCAGGAUGGACGACAUGCACCUUCUCAGAUUCUCCCUAAAGCUCUGGCCUGGCCCUACUGGCUGGUGUCUCGCAGACUUGGACUUCCACCCAUCUUAACUUAUGCAGAUUCAGUUUUAGCCAACUGGAAAUUAAAGGACCCCAAAGGGGCAAUGGAAAUUGGGAACAUGGAUUUGAUCGUUUCCUUACCCGGUGAGGAGAGUUGCAGGGGAUUUUUCAUUGUGUCGUUAUUUGUCGAGAUGGCCGCUAGUUCAGGCCUAAUGGGGGGACUGAUGGUGAUGCACGCAAUGAAAACCUCUGACCUCAAUGGCGUACAGAAGGGUCUCAUCAAAGUGACUCAGUCUUUGAGGAAGAUGAAGGAAACUUUCAAACUCAUGCAUAAUCACGUAGAUCCGACUGCGUUUCAUGGAAAAUUGAGAAUUUUUUUCUCAGGGUGGGGAAACAACCCGUUGCUUCCAACAGGGCUGUUGUAUGAAGGUGUGAGCAAUGAGCCAAUUUCGUUAUCAGGCUGCAGUGCAGCCCAGAGUUCAGCCAUUCAGUGUUUCGAUGCUUUGCUGUGCAUCCGGCAUGAAGAUGAGACAGGGGCCUACCUGACACGCAUGAGGGAUUACAUGCCUCCUGCCCACCGUCAGCUGGUAGAGACUCUCUCUGUUCUUCCACCUCUGAGAGACUUGAUCUCCUCCUGCUCCAGCUCUGAUCUCUGCCAGGCCUACAAUACCUGUGUGUCUGCGCUGGUGGAUUUACGGAGCUACCACCUCAAUACUGUGACCAAGUACGUCGUCAUGCCUGCUAACCAGGCCCGAGCCGUGAGCUGCCCGCUCAGAGGCGUGGCUACUCUCAAAGGGACUGGUGGAUCCAACCUCAUGGUCUUCCUCAAGAGUGCUCGUAACAAUACACAAAAAUCCCUGAUCUUAGAGACAUCACCUGUGUCAAAAGAAACCGAAAUAUCAAAAUAA